AUGCGGAUACACUGUCUGGGCGGUCAGUCUGGCAUGGUUUCGACCUGUUGUUCCCCCGUCGACCUCGCCCAGACUGAGCUGACGCGUGCUGUCCCCCUCUCGCCUCUCCUAGUCGGCUCGAUCGGAUCGUUGCUGGCGACCUCGUUCGCCGCCACUCGUUCGCCGCCGACGAUUCGGCUGAUCGUACGCCGCAAGGACCUGCUCGCCCAUCUCGUCGCUCGGCCCACACCCGCCGACUCGACUUCCCAUCGGUCCUCGUCCGCGUCCGCGUCCGACACCCAGCCCCGUGUCGCGCUCACGAUCGAACGCGACGGCAUACCCCACCGCUACGCCGCGUUCGAGAUCGAGCAUACGCUCACCCCGACCGAUCAACUGCAGAUCGACCCCCUGUCCGCGCACGUGGUCCCUUCCAUCAGCUCGUCCAAGUACCCGUCCACCGGUGGAGGUCUCUCGCGCAAGGACCCCAUCUCCACCCUGAUCGUCACGACCAAAGCACCCCAGGCGCUCAAGGCGAUCAAGCACCUCCUACCGCGGCUCUCGUCCUCGUCGACGAUCGUGCUCUGCCACAACGGCAUGGGCGUACUCGAGAACCUGCUCGAACAGUACUGGCCCGACGACGACGACGACGACGGCCCUUAUUCCUCCUACGGCCAUCGCCGAGCUCGCCCCUCCUUCAUCUGCGCCACCACCUCCCACGGCGUGUGGCGCAGAUCGGCCGACCAUUUCGUCCAUGCCGGAGUGGGCCACCUUCAAUUCGGCGUCGUACCCAAUCGCUCGACGCUCUCUUCGAUCCAAUCCCACUGGCCCGACGAACCUUCGUCCAACCCUCUCCUCAAUCCACGAGCCCUCAUCGCUCCCACGCUGCAGCACCUCCCCACUUCAUCCUCCCUCCACGCGACCCUCGAUCUCCUACUGCGCACCACCAACCUCAACCCCCUCUGGCUGCCUCUACCCCAACUACAAAUAGCACAACUACAAAAACUGGCCGUCAACUGCGCCGUCAACAGUUUGACCGCGAUCGUGGGCGUGCAUAACGGGGCUUUGGUCGGCAGUCGAGCGGCGAAGGAUAUGUGCAGAGAGGUCGCGAGCGAAUGUUCGAGUGUGUUUGCGGCGCACGUGAUGGGUCCCACAGAGGAUGGCGAAGAAGAACAGGCAUCGGCCUUGUCCGAUCCCGCAUCGGCUUCGUACGACGACUCCACCCCGACGACGAUCCAUCCCAGACCUGCGCGAACGUUCGCGCACAAUCAUGCGCUCUCCGAACAUUCCCUCCUCCAAGCGAUGAUGAAGGUCAUCUUCGCCACCUCCACCAACAUCUCUUCGACCCUAGCCGACCUCGAAGCGAUCGAACCGAUCCAGGAUCUGGCUCGGAUCGAUCCCCGCCCUUUACCAACUGGGGAGAAAGCUGGCCCGGCGCGCUUGCGGGGCAAGUUCGCUACGAGGACCGAGAUGGACUACAUCAACGGCUACGUCUCGGCUCUCGGAAGGAAAUACCACAUCCCGACGCCGUUGAUUGACGGUCUGGCGACGACGGUCAAGCUCAAGGAAGAGAUGAUCGUCCACGGGGCCGUCGAGAGGUUGAGGACACAAGCCGAGGAGAAGAAGGCCCUGUUCUUGAAGGAGAAGACCAGAUUGGCCUCGAGUGCGGAUCAGGGUAUACCGAAGAAGACCAAAGGGAGGAGGAGAUUGGAGAAGGUGUUGGCGUUGCGGCAGACGCAUAUGCAAGUCGAGCGCGAGCGAGAGCGGGACAAGAUUCUCGAUCGGCAAGGGGGUUCGGGUGGCGACUAUAGAUGA